GGGUGCGCGCGCAGCGGCGGCGCUGAGGGAGCGCGAGCGCGCGGCGGGGGGGGCCGGGCCGGGCCGGGGGCGGCGGGGGGGGAACCGGGACACGGGAACCGGGACACGGCCGGGAGCGCCCGCCCGCGGCCCCACGACCCGCCGCUGGCACCGCCGCCACCGGAGGGAAGAGCCGGGCGCGGCCCCGGAGGAGUCGCCGCCAUGAACAGCGUGGGAGGCGCCGAUGAGAUCGGAAAGCUGUUCGUGGGUGGCCUGGACUGGAGCACGACACAAGAAACUCUUCGUAGCUACUUCUCCCAGUAUGGAGAAGUUGUAGACUGUGUAAUAAUGAAAGACAAAACAACAAAUCAAUCUCGAGGAUUUGGAUUUGUCAAAUUUAAAGAUCCCAACUGUGUGGGAACAGUGCUGGCCAGCAGACCUCAUACGUUAGAUGGCCGAAAUAUCGAUCCAAAGCCAUGCACGCCUCGGGGGAUGCAGCCGGAGCGGACACGGCCCAAGGAAGGAUGGCAGAAAGGAUCCAGGAGCGAUAACAAUAAAUCCAAUAAAAUUUUUGUUGGUGGGAUUCCUCAUAACUGUGGCGAGACAGAGCUCAGGGAAUACUUCAAGAAGUUCGGAGUGGUCACUGAAGUUGUAAUGAUCUAUGACGCAGAGAAACAGAGGCCCCGAGGUUUUGGAUUUAUUACUUUCGAGGACGAACAAUCAGUGGACCAGGCUGUCAACAUGCAUUUUCACGACAUCAUGGGCAAAAAAGUGGAGGUGAAACGCGCCGAGCCUCGGGACAGCAAGAGCCAAACUCCGGGGCCGCCGGGGGCCAGCCAGUGGGGAAGCAGGAUCAUGCCAAGCGCUGCCAACGGCUGGGCAGGGCAGCCCCCUCCGACCUGGCAGCAGGGCUACGGCCCCCAAGGGAUGUGGGUGCCAGCUGGACAAGCGAUUGGUGGAUAUGGACCCCCUCCUCCAGGCAGAGGAGCUCCUCCCCCACCACCACCAUUUACCUCAUACAUAGUCUCCACACCUCCCGGGGGAUUCCCGCCUCCACAAGGAUUUCCACAGGGCUAUGGCACCCCUCCACCAUUUAGUUUUAGUUACGGUGCUCCACCUCCUCCACCUGACCAGUUUGCCCCCCCUGGAGUCCCCCCUCCACCUGCCACUCCGGGGGCAGCACCACUCGCUUUUCCUCCACCACCACCACCAUCUCAGGCAACUCAGGACAUGAGCAAACCCCCGACUGCUCAGCCAGAAUUCCCUUACAGUCAGUUUGGGUAUGGACAAGACUUGAGUGGGUUUGGACAAGGUUUCUCUGACCCCAGCCAGCAGCCCCCUCCCUACGGAGGCCCCUCGGUGCAGCCAUCCAGCGGCCCCCCGGCCGGAGGCAGCGGCUUCGGCCGGGGACAGAACCACAACGUGCAAGGAUUCCAUCCCUACCGGCGCUAGCCUGGGCUGGCAGUCAGGGAGUGCUGGCCGCAGGGACCUCUGGGCCCAGCUGAAGCCCGGGAUCCCAGACUUCUGAACUUGUGACAAUCACAUUACUUGAUGGAAGAAAAACCUAACAACAGUUUUUUUUCGGGGGGGGGGGGGGGGGCGGGGGUUGGGGGCAGAUGGCUUCUGAAGGCAGAGCUGUGGGUGUUUGGACUGCAGUUUUUAAAGAUUUUCCUUUCUCUAACCCAUCAGCACAAAUAAAGAAAAUGUCACUGGUUCAAAUUACAGGGUUUUAAAAAUGUCUUCAGCUUUAAUUCAAAACUUCAGGUUUCUUUUUUUUGAAAUUAUUUUUCCUGAGCCUUUGUUUUACCGUAUAUUGUAAACUUUUAUGUUUAAAAGAAAAAAAAAUAUAUACAUUUACAGAUUGUGAAAUUUUUAAGAGAAAUUUUCUACUAUGUAUGCUGGCUUAUUUUUUAAUUUAAAACAGGGUUUCCGUGAGCGCUGUCGGAGGCGGGGGAAGAGCUGCAGCCCCUCCCUCCCUCCCUCCCCACGGCAGUGCUGGGGCGGAGGGUUCCGAAACUCUGGGAGUUGACAGAAACCUGCUGAGUGUAUUUUGCUGUUGUUCUGGGGGCAGAGCUGGGCCGGGGCGGGCGCAGGAGCUGCUCCGAGGCAGGCGGGGAGCGCUGGCUCCGGCUCCUCCUGCCUCCCCUGGCAGCGCCGCGGGCUCCCGGGCCUCGGCCACACGUGCAUUUCCCUCAGGCGAAAAGGUUUUGGUGCGUUUGGCACUGAGCGGUGCCAAGCCCUGGUUUGAAUAAAGACGAGAACCUUUGGAUUAGAAA